AUGAGCAGCUGGAACUCGAACGACCAAUGGCAGGACUCGGGUUCGUCCUCCCCCUCCGCAUCCGCAGCCGACUCGGGCUUCGACUCGAGCGCAACGAGCGGUCUCGAGUUCCCGAUUCUGCCCACGAUUCCCUCGGGCAGCAUUGACAUUAGCGCCAUCGCGCCAGUCUUUGGCGUCGCCUCGUACGACGACGACGCCGAUUACUUGGACUAUGACAAGGCCGGGCGGCCGUUCAUGGAGCAAAUGAGUGGCUCAUGUGGCACUGCUUAUUUCUCUGGCAUCCUCGGUGGAGGGGCGUACGGGGCUUUGCGGGGCUUCUCGCGCUCGCCCAGCACCAAGUUUAAAAUUCGCAUGAACUCGCUCAUGAACGGCGCUGCGACCCGCGGCUCGAAGGCCGGCAACGCAUUGGGCUGUCUGGCGAUGAUCUACAAGGCCUUUGAGUACGUGGCCGACUCGGCCGAGAUUGAAAACAUUGUCAAGCUUGACCAGGUGACGCCUAUUCUAGCAUCAGCAGCCACUGGUGUGUUUUACAAGUCGACAGCAGGCCCGAAGGCAAUGGUGCUGGCUGGUGCACUCGGUGCUGGACUCAUGACAGUGGUGCAGUUUGGUAUCAAGCCGUUUUACCCGCGACUGUAG